ACCAAAAGGAACAUAAAAGUAGAGUGUUCACUUCACACUUCACUCUUCACCGUUCAUCUUUCAAGCUUUUCUCCACUAAACCAAAUCCUUGUCCUUCAAGCAACAAAUGCAACUUCCCUUCCUCUUUCCUCUUCUCUCCCCUUUAUAACACUCAUUCCUCUCCCUUUUCUCCAUAUUCCCCACCUCUCUAAAACACAAACUCCACCAAACCAAACAUCACACUCUUCUUUCUCAAUCAAAUUCUCACAAACAUGGUUAUGUUUAUGUUUCAUCUCAACACAUCUCUACUCCCCUUCCUCCUCCUUCUCUUCCUCAACCAUGUCCAAUCCCAAACCUCCAUGCAACCUCUUCCCACAGACAUCUCUCACCACAAAUGGGAACCCUCCUUUGCAAUCACAGUUGGUUCCAUACUUUGCCUACUCCUUUUCCUAGGAAUCAUCUUUUUCUACAUCAGAAACUGCGUUGAAUCACACAUCAUCAUCACAAGAACAAACCACACCACUGAUUGUCCUUGCUCAUGUUCUCAUGGUAUCAACCAAGAGCUUCUCAACACUUUCCCUAUCCUCUUUUACUCAGCUAUCAAGGAUCUUAAAACUGAUAAAGGACCAUUGGAAUGUGCUGUUUGUUUAACAGAUUUCAAAGAAAAUGAUACCUUGAGAUUGUUACCUAAAUGCAACCAUGUUUUUCACCCUCAGUGCAUUGAUUCAUGGCUAGCUUCGCAUGUCACAUGUCCUGUUUGUCGGGCAAAUCUUAACCAAGAUUCUUGUCAGGUUUCUAUCCCAAUUAUCACCCCACCCCAUUUCAACAAUGACCAUGUGUGUGAAGAAAGUUCUCAAACCGAAACUGAAACUGAAACCGAACACGAAAUCAGUCUCAAUAAUAAUGCUUCCAAUGAGCAAAACCCAAACCAAAUCGGAGAAAGUAUCAAUUGUGAUGAUGCACAUGCAUCAAAACCGAAGCUUUUGAGGUCAAAUUCAACUGGCCAUUCUCUGGAUGAACAAGUGAAGUGUGAGGAGAAGUACACACUGAUGUUACCAGAGGAUGUAAGGAGGUACAUUUUGGUUAACCAUGGGAAAAGCUGUCAGCUUUCUGUGAACGGCGAGGCGAAGGUUGAGAAGUGGGUUUGGUGUGCAAGACGUGGUUAGGGAAUUUCAUCGAACAGUUUGUAUGCAACUUCUGAAAACAUCGGUUACUACGAAAAAAAGGUUCUUGAAAUGAGGAAUGGUGAUGUUUAGGUUGAUUCAAUAAAUGGGUCGCUGUUGAAUUUUAAUGGGGUGUGAGAAUGAUGAAGCAAGAAGAAGAUUGAAAUGGAAGAUGAGUAAAGUUGAUGUUGAUUGAGUUAACUCGUUUGCCUUUACUUGGGAGGUGUGAAAAUUAGAUGCGUAUGAGAUGAGUUAACUCGUUGUUUUUAUUUAUUUUUUAAUUUUUUUUCUUUCUUGUGGAGUUCAGAAGAUGAGAUGAUAUGAGUCACUAUAGCAAGUGCCUUUUCUCUCUUUUUAUUUUAUUGAUUUAUUAGACACACAUAGUACUAAUAAUCAUAAUUAUUUUGUCUAA